UGUUGAAAACUCAGAAACCCUAGAAUAUAUAAAUCCCGCUCCCACAACCAGAUAAGGAGAUGGAGACGACCUUCCUACUACCAUUCAGAGCUAGCUAAUACAAAAGGAGUGCCUCCCCUUCUUCCAUUUCCUUAAAUCAAACCCUAGCUUAAAUCAAACCUGCACUGGCUUUCUCUCUCUUUAAUUAAUUUCAAUGGAGUUUCAGUUCCAACAGCCGAAGCAAGUUUCCUUUGCAGCUGCAGGCAUUCCGAAAAGCAGCAGCAAAGUAGGGAAGUUGAAGGGAAGAAAUAAUAAUAGUAGAAGCAACAACAACGCAAACAAGUUUGUUGGUGUGAGACAGAGGCCUUCGGGGAGAUGGGUGGCCGAGAUCAAAGACACUACUCAAAAAAUAAGGAUGUGGCUCGGAACUUUUGAGACCGCGGAGGAGGCUGCCCGCUCUUAUGAUGAAGCCGCCUGCCUUCUUCGCGGCUCAAACACCCGAACCAACUUCAUCACCCACGUGUCUAUGGACUCCCCUCUUGCUGCUCGCAUUCGAAAUUUACUCAACACGAAAAAAGGAGGAGGAGCCACUAAGCAACAACUAGCCCUACUACAACGUAGUACUAGUACUAGUGCUAGUAGUAGUACUAGUUCUGAUCAUGAUCAUUUGCCGCCACCGUCUGAACAACUAGUACGGAAAAGUACUAGUAGUACUUCAACUAGCAGCAGCAGUGACACCACUUCCCUUUCGAGAGAGGUAUUUCAAGAUAAUUCUCUGCUGUUUGACGAUGUUUACAAACCGGAUUUGAGAAACUGCAACGAAGAGUUUGAGUUGAGUUCUUCCUUCAAUAAUUCCCAAUCCAACCUUCUUUCAUGGGGGUCAUAUCAAACGGGGGUUGACCACUUCUCGUUUGCUCAACAAGCGUUUGAGUUUCCGAAACAUCAGGCGGCGGCUGCUUUGUCUUCAGCGGAGAGUACUACUACAACUAGUACCGCAGGUGAAGCUGACUCAGAGUUGAUGGAUUUCGAAAGGAUGAAAGUGGAGAGACAGAUAUCGGCUUCGCUCUAUGCAAUGAAUGGGGUGCAAGAGUAUAUGGAAACAGUUCAUGAUCCAAGCGAAGCGCUUUGGGAUCUUCCGCCGUUGUGUUCUUUGUUCUGCUAGUUAAUUACGAUCAAUUGAAUUGAAGGUGGGCAUGGAUUUUUCAUCUCUCGUUCUCUUCAAUUAUUAUUGUUGCGUGUCAACUUUGUUUUUUGCUC